AUGUCAAACUCAACAACAACAACGGCAUCCGGGAAAGAAGGCAAAACCCGAAAACAAGAGGACGACGGAGACCGUGAGCCAUUCAUGGUUCGCUGCCUGAGGCGCUGCUUUGGUCCACUGCCUCCACCACCAAAGGAUGAAAUCGGGCGUACACUUGCAAAGAUGGACUCUAUACUGUGCAGAGGAAAGAUUCGUGGCAUUGGCUGUGGUAUUAAGGCAUCAGGCAAAAUACCACAUUAUCUUGUUGAAGCCUUGAAGGGGCUUCCACAAUUCAAGAACAAUGAAACGGCCUUGAACACUGUUCUUUCAAAAAUUCUCUCCUACUACCACCACCGAGUAGUAGCUGAGCCUCCAACAGUCCUACCACCGAAUAACUGA